CUUCCAUUUUGAUUGGCAGUGGAAGCGUAAGCAGCGAGCAGUAGUGGAAAUGGGAACCCUUGGGAGAGCGAUCUACAGCGUUGGUUUCUGGAUUCGCGAGACUGGACAGGCCAUUGAUCGUCUCGGUUCCCGCCUUCAGGGCGGUUACUUCUUCCAAGAGCAGCUGUCUAGGCAUCGAACUCUGAUGAACAUAUUUGAUAAGGCUCCUGUUGUUGAUAAGGAUGUAUUUGUUGCUCCAAGUGCCUCCGUCAUUGGAGACGUUCAAGUUGGUAGAGGAUCAUCCAUUUGGUAUGGAUGUGUCUUGAGAGGUGAUGUUAACAGCAUCAGAGUUGGAAGUGGAACUAACAUACAGGAUAACUCUCUGGUGCAUGUUGCAAAGUCAAAUUUAAGUGGGAAGGUCUUGCCUACAGUUAUUGGGGACAAUGUCACUGUGGGUCAUAGUGCUGUUUUACACGGUUGUACUGUUGAGGACGAGGCUUUUGUUGGUAUGGGUGCCGUAUUACUUGAUGGAGUAGUUGUUGAGAAAAAUGCCAUGGUUGCUGCUGGAGCCCUUGUGAGACAGAAUACAAGGAUACCUUCUGGCGAGGUAUGGGCAGGCAAUCCUGCAAAGUUCCUGAGAAAGCUAAGUAAUGAAGAGAUAACAUUCAUCUCCCAGUCAGCCAUCAAUUAUACUAACCUUGCACAGGUCCAUGCUGCUGAGAAUUCGAAGUCGUAUGAUGAAAUUGAGUUUGAGAAGGUGUUGCGAAAGAAGUAUGCUCGUAAAGAUGAGGAGUAUGACUCUAUGCUGGGUGUUGUUCGCGAGAUCCCACCAGAGCUUAUUCUUCCCGAUAAUGUCUUACCUGAUAAAGCAGAAAAGGCUCUUCAAAAAUGAGGUAUUUUAAAGCAUUGUCUUCAAUUCUAAUAUUGAAUGACAUAAUGGGACUUUUUUGCAUUUACAAAUUCAUGGAGGAGGGAUUUUUUUUCAUUCCCAAUAAUACCAGACAUUGUCUGCGCUAGAAUCAAUCGUGCCUCCUUAUGAUCGAGGAAGCAGUUAUUCCUUAAUAUUUUAAAUUCUGUUCACUAAUUUGGUAAAGGCAAAUGCCAUGUAGAAUUAUGUAUGCCGCCGAUCUCAGUGUUUGUUGUAUCCAGUGCAAGUGAUUUCACAUUUUUUUUUAUCUUGAUAGACAAUUUUUAGUGCUCGUUGACAUGUUUUAUUGACGAGUUUGUCUUCAGUAUGGUACGGUUGGGAUAAUGAUUAUUGCAUGGCGGGUGAGAGAGGUUUCAGUAAUAAUGCAGUUGCAGAAAGAAUAGAAGUUGGGUAUCUCUGAAAA